AUGAUGAUGGGAGAAAAGAAAAUCAAUGACGAUAAGGCGGAAAAGCUUUUAGAAAGACGACAGAAAGUGAUGGAGAUCAUCAAAACGAAUGAAAGAAAGAAAGUUUGCCUUGCAAUUCGCCAUAAUUCAACCUGUCGUUUUAAUUCCACAGCAUGGAGAAUCGGAGUUUUUAUUGUUGUUGGGCCACAAGUAAUUCAUCACAUUUCUGCUAUAAAUGAAAAAGGAAAGAAUCAAAAUCCAACAAGUAGAUUGAAGCACUUUUAUAUUGUCGUGAUGUGCCUUUACAUCAUGUUGAAGGUGAAUGCUUAA